AUGUCUCUGGUGCGCUGCGCUGACCUUUCUCCUCAUCAACAUGCCAUAAACUUUAUUCAUCAUAGUGCGCUGCACAUAGUAGCAUCCGGAAUUGCUCGCCGCGCAGACCCACCUCAUGCCUCUACCAACGCUUGCAUGAGUGAUAUUGACAUGACGGCAGGACAAUUACCUGCCACGUACACUGUCGGUGGGGGGUUUCUGCAGCUCACGACCUGGGGCCUGGUUCCCGUCCACAGCUGA